UAAAUUAUUAUUUGGGGGCGCGUGUGCCGCACGUGAGUCUGCGAUUCGUUAGUUUUCAAAUCUUCAAAUUUCCAACGGUCCAGCAGGAGGCGCUGAAACAGCCGCGCGCUGCAGGUCCGCUACAGAAGCUGCUGCAGAUUAUAGAUAUGGCUACAGAGAGCUGUCUGAGUAGCUCCCAGAUCAACAAGAUCGACAAUGAAAAACUAGUAAGACCAAAAGUGCAAUUGCAAACCCUGUUAAAAGAUGUAGGUGCAGACAAGGACGUCUUUACCAUGAAGGAGGUGAUGUUUUACCUGGGUAAGUACAUCAUGAGCAAGGAGCUUUACGACAAGCAGCAGCAGCACAUCGUCCACUGCGGGAACGACGCACUCGGUGAAGUGCUGGGUGUGACCAGCUUUUCUGUCAAAGAACCACGUGCUUUAUUUGCAAUGAUUUCGAAAAACCUCAUAGCAGUGAAAAACCCAGAGUCCCAGUCAUCCUUAACAGAGCCCAGGAGUCGAACUGAACCAGACAGGGGGCAAGAGGAGACAAACUCUGAUUCAUCUACCUCAGUGCAGCAGCAGCAGCAGCGCAGGAGACGGAGAAGCAGUGAUACUGCGAGUUUCUCAGUGGAGGAGGAAAGCAGCGAGCCCAGGAAGAGGCACAAGUCAGACAGCUUCUCCCUGACAUUUGACGACAGCCUGUCGUGGUGCGUGAUCGGAGGACUGCGCAGAGAGAGCGGGAGCAGCGAGUCUUCAGACUCACGCAGCAUAUCGGAUGUAGGUAUAGCUCGAAGUGAGGACAGUGAAGAAAGUGAGGAUUCAGACUCUGAUAACUUCAGUGUGGAGUUUGAGGUGGAGUCCAUCGAUUCGGAUGCGUACAGCGAGAAUGAUGACGACUCUGUACCAGGGGAAGACGAGGUGUACGAGGUUACUAUUUUUGCAGAAGAUGAAGAUUCCUUUGAUGAAGAUUUGGAGAUCAGUGAGGCCGACUACUGGAAGUGCUCAGAGUGUGAAGAGCUGAACCCCCCGCUACCUCGACACUGCAAGAGCUGCUGGAAGGUACGGCCAGAUUGGCUGCCAGAAAACGAUUCAUGUCUGGAGAACCCCAGCGAUGAAACCCAAGCCAGUGCUGCAGCCGCUGACAGCACCUGCCUUGGUUUGACAGUCGGCUCCGCCUUAGAGUCCAAACCUCUGCCCUCAAAUCCUCCCAGCCCCACCCCCGAUUCUGAUGAAGGAAUGGACGUACCGGAUGGCAAGGUUUCCCGGUCACUGAAUGCCAGCAGAGACGAAUCUAAGGCUGCCACAGCUGCUGCCACCGCCGCCGUCGCUUCUGGCCCAGACUCUCAGGGCCUGAGCCUGUCCUCCUCUCAGCCCUCCACUUCCUCCUCACAGGGUAACAACAGCCAGGAAGACACUCCCGAGCUGGAGCGCUUCAACAGCAUGGAGGCCUGCCUCCCUGCCACCUGCCUGGAGCCCUGUGUCAUCUGCCAGAGCCGGCCCAAGAACGGCUGCAUCGUCCACGGCCGCACCGGACAUCUUAUGGCCUGCUACACCUGCGCCAAGAAGCUGAAGAACCGCAACAAGCUGUGUCCUGUUUGCCGGGAGCCCAUUCAGUCUGUCGUGCUGACCUAUGUGAGCUGAUGGAGGACAAAAACAAAUAAUAAAAUUACCUCAAUUUUUCUCACCCGCCUUAUUCUAAAAUACCCUUAAAGCAAAUACAAUUAAAACAUGAAUGUUGUGUUAAAUUAUACAGUUUUCGUUGGAUUUAAAAUAUUUUUGUGGUAACAAUUAAUGCCAUAAGAAUUGUGUAUAAAUAUUCAUAUAUUUCUGUGUAAAUAUAAAUACUUUCAGUAAAACAAUCUUUUGUAGGUAUAAUAAUUAUUAAUAUUAUUUUCCCGUGCAGUCCAGUUAAGAUUGUACAGAUAAUAAUUUAUAUUUAGUGAAUAUUUUUCAUGUUAAUCUAAUCUUUAUGUCCCGGCUUUAACGUUAAAACCACCUCUUUUGUUUUUUACGCACAUACACCAUUUGAUUGACUCCACUGAUCAUAUACGACACAUUGUAGUUCUAUAAUUUCAAACUGCCUUUCUGCAUAUUUUAUUAUUCUCCUUUUACUCUGGUGUUGUGCUUGUAAAACAGGCACAGUAGUGCUGCUGGAGUUUUUAAACAUCUUAGAGUCCUGGUGGACUGAAAAUAGGCCACCAACAGCGUUCAGUAACAGUAUUUUAAAAACUGUCUGUUCUGAUUAGUGUCACUUCAGUGCUCAGAAUAACCCGCCACCCAAAUUAUAGCUGCUGCUGUGUGCUUGUCUAUCCUGUGAGGUCCUGUGUAUUGAAGAACAGAGAAAAGGAGGAUGAUAGUAAAGUAUGCAGAAAAACAGAUACAGGACCUGUCUGUAAUUAUAGAACUACAAAACUGUAUGAUCAGUGGAGCUGAAAAAAAGGCAUGAUGAGGUGAGGAACAAGGAGGUGGUCAUAAUGUUAUGACAGAUUUUUGUGUUAUUUUUUGAUGCUCUGAAGUACUGAAGUUAUUAAAUGCCUCUGAUGUUCUCUUUUGCACUGUUGUGCUGCACAGACUGCUACUCACUCCUUAAUGUCUCUACGUUUGCUGGAAUAAAUGACUGAUUGCUUAUGUA